AUGACUUCAUUAAGAACUCUUGACUUGGGUUUCAACCAAUUAACUUCUUCAAUUCCUUUGAACUUGUGGAGGCUUAAAGAUCUCUUGUUGGUUGAUUUAUCAUCAAAUUAUCUUAAUGGCCCUCUAGCUUUAGAUAUUGGGAAUAUGAAUGUCUUGAGAGCAUUAGAUUUGUCAAAAAACCAAAUAACAGGUCGUAUCCCAGUUGCAAUUGGUGGGCUAAAAAGUAUUGAGAAUCUAUCUUUGGCAGUCAAUCGACUAGAUGGCUCAAUUCCUACAUCUAUUGGUGAAUUGCUAAGCUUAGAGGUUCUAGAUCUUUCCUACAAUAACUUAUAUGGAGAGAUUCCCAAGUCCUUAGAAGAACUCUCAUACUUGAAAUAUAUAAAUUUGUCAUUCAAUAAACUACGAGGAGAAAUUCCUUCAAGAGGACAGUUUGUACACUUCCUAGCUACAUCAUUCAUCUCAAACAAUGGACUUUGUGGUGAGGCUCGAAUGCAAGUCCCCCCAUGCAAAGGAAAAAACGCCAUAGGAAUGCGAAUACUGAAAUAUGUGUCAAUUGCAGUGGGGUUAAUGGUACUUGGAGUGUGUCUUGUAUUUUUCUCAAUAAGACGCCAUAAAAGGAAUGCUAAAUUGUCACAUGACACAAAUUCAAUACCUUUAGCAACAUGGAGGAGAAUUUCACAUCAAGAACUUAUUCGAGUAACAGAAGGGUUCAGUGCAAACAAGUUACUUGGAGAAGGGAGUUUUGGGUUUGUUUACAAAGGAACACUCUUAGAAGGUACAAUUGUUGCUAUAAAAGUUUUCAAUUUGCAAGUGGAGGGGCCAUUCAAAAGCUUUCAUAGAGAAUGUGAGGUGUUACACAAUAUUCGUCACCGGAAUCUUGUCAAAAUCAUUACCGCUUGUUGUAACAUGGACUUGAAAGCCUUGGUAUUAGAAUACAUGCCUAAUGGGAACCUAGAUAUGUGGUUGUACUCCGAAAACCAUCGCUUGAAUAUGUUACAAAGGCUAAACAUAAUGAUUGAUGUGGCAACAGCAGUAGAAUACCUUCAUCUUGGUUACACAACGCCUAUUGUUCAUUGUGAUCUGAAACCUACCAAUGUCUUAUUAGAUGAAGAUAUGGUUGGACAUGUCGCUGAUUUUGGCAUCUCCAAACUCCUUGGUGAUGGAGUUUCUCUAACACAAACAAUGACUCUCGCUACAAUUGGAUAUAUGGCACCAGGUGAGUGUUUGCUAUCCACCAUGGGAUUGGCUUUGCGUUGUUGUGCCGACUCGCCUGAACAGAGGAUUGGUAUAGAAAAUGUCUUAGCUACACUCAACAAGAUCAAAUUGAAGUUUCUCAAAGAUAUUAGUAGACGCUAA